AUGACAUCUGUACCAACUGAAUUAUAUCAUCAUCAUCAUGAUCAUUAUCAACAAGGAACAAAUAGUAAAUUAUUAACAACAUCAAUGAAUACUAUAAAUACAAAUGAUGAUAUGAUACAAAUAAAAGCACAACGUGAAUUGGGUAUUAUCGAAAAACUUUGUUCAACUUAUGGUUUUGUUUAUUGUUGUCAUCGUGAUGGACGUUAUUUUUUUCACUUUAGUGAAUAUAAAAAUGAUAUUCAUCAAGCAAAAAUAGGAGAUGUAGUCGAAUUUGAAACAACAAUUGAUAAACGAAAAAAGAAACCAGUUGCUGUUAAUAUUACACCAGCUAAUUCAGAAAUUAUUGGAGAAAAUCGUGUUGACGGUACUAUUGCAGUAGUUGCUCGACAACAAGCUUUACAACACAAUGGCUUUCCUCAAUUUGAUUUUAUGCCAGAUGGUAAAGUAACAUAUGUAAAAAAAGGUGAAACAUAUUUUCUACCUUAUGGUCUUACUGAUCUUCAAGAACCAACAAUUCCAGUUAAAGUUGGAGAUCAAGUAUCAUUUAAUGUUGGUCAAGAUCGUCGUACAAAUCAAUUUUUUGCACGAAAUGUUGCGCUUAUCGAAAAAUCUAUUCCAUCACAAACGCUAUCAAAUACCAAACGUUUUCGUGGUGUUAUAUCAACAAUGAAAGAUAGUUUUGGUUUCAUUGAACGUGAAGAUGCAUUAAAAGAAAUAUUUUUUCAUAUAACGGAAUUUGGUCCUAAUGUUGCAACAAAUACUAUUCAACCAGGUAUAGAAGUUGAAUUUGAUAUACAAGAUCGACAUAAUAAAGAAGUAGCAUGUAAUAUAAUUAUAUUACCAAAAGGUACAGUCGAAUUCGAUGAAAUUGAUAAAGCUCCUUAUAUUGGUCGUAUAUUACAACCAUUGAAAAGCAAAAAAGUAGAUGAUACAUUAACUGGUCGUUUAUUAUACGAUGCAAUGGAUAAAAAAAUGUCAGAAUUACCAUUUGGUGAACGUGAUCGUUGUGGUUUAUAUACAUUACUUGAAAAUGAUAUUGUUCAAUUUGUUAUUGCUAAAGAUAAACGUGAUGGCAUGAUGCGUGCUACACAAAUAGCAUUACUUGAUCAAAGUUUUCUUAAAUCAAAAGAACAACGACAAAUGGGUAUUGUUAUUAAACUCGAUAAUACAACAGGUGGUCAAAUAAAAUGUUUAUCAUUGGAUCAAAUUGUAUCAUUUCGAUUUAGUGAAGUUAUGAAAGAUAAUUUUCAAAUAAGUGAAGGUGAUCCAUUAGAAUUUACAUUGUCUGCAAAUACAAAUAAUGGAGAUGUAUCACACGCUAUUCGAAUUAAAUUAAUAUCAAAAGAUAAUUUAAUGAAUGGAAAUGGGAAUGAAUUACGAUUAACUGGUAUUGUGGAACGUGAUGCAAAUGAUAAUCGAACAGAACGAAAUGGUCGUUCGAAUGAAAUGUCAGAUGCUAAACAACAAACAAAUAGUAAUGAGCCCGUAACUACACCUGUUCAUCGUCAACAAGAACCAGGCAUUAUUCGUUAUAUAUCGGAUGGAAUUGAAUCUACAGUACAAUAUGUAUCUACAAAUCUCAGUAAUACACCAACAUUAUAUUGUGGAGAUAAAGUUGAAUUCUCUAUGGCAUCAGGUAAUAAACUUGCUUCAAAUAUAAUCUUAUUGGAAAGACAUCGUGCACAUGGUUGGAUUGCAAUUGUUCGUGAAGGCAAAGGAUUUAUUGAACAAAGUGGUGCAACAGAUAAUAUUGAACCAAUUGCAUUUUCUAUGAAUUCAUUUUCAAGUGAUAGUACACAAAUUGAUUUAGGCGAUGAAGUUGAAUUUAGUUUAAGAAAAGUCUCAGGUCGUUUAACAGCUGAAAAUAUUGUUAAAAUACCAUUGACUAUAAAUAAUUUCUACUCAAUUCUUCCAACAGUUCAUCGAGGUCGUGUUGUAUCUCCUGUUCGAAUGAUAACAAAUGAUGAUUGUGAAGUGUUAGGUCGUAUACAAAAAAUAGCAGAUGAUGGUAUACCAGGUGAAUGUUAUACAUUUAGUAUAACUGGUAUUAAAAAUAAACGUGUGAUUUUAUUACCAAAUGAUCCAGUAACAUUUUCUGUUGCCGUUGGACUUGAUUAUUCCAAACGUGCUAUGAAUAUUGUUUUAGAAAAUGAAACACGCAAAGGAAAAGUUGAUACAGUUAAAGGACAGUUUGGUUUUAUUGAUUUUGCAUGUGAAGAAAAUAAGAAAAUCUUUUUUCAUAAUUCAGAAAUCGAAGGUGGAUUUGAAUUACGAGCCGGUGAUGAAGUGGAAUUUUAUGCUCAAUAUAAUCUUAAAAGUGGCAAACCAUGUGCUAGUAAAUUACGUCGUAUUAAUAAUCUUCAGCGUCCUGAUCGAUUAAUUACAAAACUUAAAUCAAUUAAUUUUGAUGAGAAUACACGUCAAAAACUAGUUAUCGUUCGACAGCCACGUAAUGCUGAUGAAAAAUCAAAAGGUUUUACAAGUGCUCGUAUUGAACGUGCACCAGGUACAUUAAUAAAAUCACAAAAUUAA